AUGACUUCGCUGGCCCCAGAGUCGACUACGCUACACGGCUCAGCUUCAGCCCCGCUCAUCUUCCCACCGUGCGCCUCGUUUGAAAAGCCGUACGACUUGGACAUCGUCAAGAAAAUUGUCGAGCGUGAGGGGUGUCUCGAAGCCUUGCAGCAGCUUCUAGAGGCGGCGAAAAAGCCCCAACAACCUCGGAUCUCCGGGAUAUCGAAGGCGCCGAUCGUUUUCCAGAGCGUUAUUGACCAGCUACGCUCCGUGAGUGUGCAGAUCGUCGAGGACAUUGAUCGAUGGCAGCAACAGCAGAAAGCGAAAGCCCAAGCUACGAACUUCAAAUGGCGAAGCGUGAACUAUUUGCUCAAGAUGACAGCCGACACGGACUUCCUCGCAUCCUUCAGAGGCGUGGCCCUCCUCGAGUCGCUCCAGGUGCUUCGGUUGACGCAGAACCCAUUUCUAGCUCUGAUGCACUUGGAUCACCCAGCGCUUCGGGACGAAGACCCUGAGCCCGCGGUUCAGUUGUUCGGCAACUGGGUCGGCGAUGUCAGCAUGCGGCGCGUGUUUCCUGCGUCCAGGAUUCUACUUCGUGAACGGGAGGCAGAUGCACGACGUCGUCAGAUUCGACUGAAGCUGGCGGCUGAAAAUGGCGAGGAGGAAGAUGAAAGCGGCUCGGUCGCUGCUAUUGCUCCGCUUGAACGACAGCAGCAACCAACUCCCGCAACACGAUCGAAAGUCGGGUUUGUCGGUCAAGAUAGAGCAUGCGAUGGUGCAGCUUCAACCAACCCUCGAGAAGUGGCCAUGCGUGAGGAUAUUGCUCUAAGCCGUGAGCUCAUUACCCAGGCUGAACAUGAAUUAGGCGCAAUGCGUGAUGAGCUUGCCGGUCUUCAAGCCCGUCUGGAAGAUGCAAUUCUCCCGGACAAGCGCCGACGACUGCAAAUCCGGAUCGGCAGUCUCGUGAACGAUCUCAGGUUUCGUUCGGGGGACGUGUAUCAGCGCAAGAACGAGUUCAAACGAAAGGAAGCCAUCUAUCGUGCAAUUAAAGACCGUCGAGGAUCGAACACUCCUUACUCGUCGCUCUUCGAGACAGCUCUGCUGGAGGACGAGCAGGCCCGGAACGACCUUGUGCUACGCGUGAAUACUUCCUUGUCCAAAGCGCGAGUCGACGAGCACAAACGCAGUAUGGGAGUAGUGAUGCCAAAUGUGGAGCAGUGGGGGGUUCGCGACGUGCAGAACUUCUUAGACUCGCUGGGACUCGACAACGGCAGCUACGGCGCCAACUUUCGCGCUCAAGGUAUCGACGGGGCAUUGUUAGUUCAGGCUACCGACCAGGACCUGGAGGAGCUGGGAGUAACUAUUCGACUUCACCGUGUGCGAAUCUUGGCCGAGUGCAGAAUGCGGCGGGAUAUUGUUGCGACUGGGAAGCUGUAG